GCAGUCACGUGACCUGUAGAGGGAGGGCGUGGUUAAUGCUUCGUUCUUGCUCUAAAAAACAUGGACCAAAAGAUUCCAUAUGAUGACUAUCAACUGCCUGUAGUCUUUCUUCCGUCCUAUGAAAACCCACCUGCGUGGAUCCCUGCACAGGAGAGGAUACAUCACCCUGACUAUAACAACGAGCUCACUCAGUUCCUGCCUCGCACUGUAGUCUUAAAAAAGCCUCCUGGUGCACAACUUGGCUUCAAUAUCCGUGGUGGAAAGGCCUCACAGCUUGGUAUUUUUAUUUCUAAGGUGGUGCCAGAUUCUGAUGCACAUCGGGCCGGACUUCAAGAGGGUGAUCAGGUGCUUUCUGUCAAUGAUGUGGAUUUUCAAGACAUAGAACAUUCAAGGGCUGUGGAGAUUCUAAAGACAGCAAGAGAGAUUUUAAUGAAGGUUCGCUACUUCCCUUAUAAUUAUCAGAGGCAGAAGGAGAGGACUGUCCACUAGGUGGCAGAGCUGAGCUUCAUGUAGGAACAAGUGGAGUGACGCAGCACAGAACAUUCACUGCAUCAUCUUCCUCCCACUUUUUACAUUUGCUGACUAAAAAACUGUUCAAAGAAAUAAUCUCCAAACACUCAAGAACACAUUUGAUGAUUCAGCGCUUCAACAGUUUUCGGGUGUCUGUUUUCUACAUAAGCCAGCUGUAGGACCAUACAUGGCUUUUAACCGAGUCUGUACCUAUAUGUCGAAGCCAUCUCCGUGAAGUAGUCAGUUCAGUGUUCGAGAUAUUAGACAUUAUUUUUGGCUGUGUGGUGUCACUUUCCACCCCAAGUGAUCCAAACCGGUGCCGUUCGUUUGUGCAGGUUUUGUCCCUUAAAAAGAAACCUCAUAACAUUUCAAUCACUCUCACCUGUCUCCAUUGUUUGUGCUCGCUUCUAGUUUGUGCCUUGUUUGAUAGCGUUGAAGAAUACGUUUUUGGCAAAGAUCUUUCACCACAUCAAACUCCAAAUGCAAAUUGCUGCACCAAAAUUACACGCUGCACCACAAGAGCAAAACAGGUGUCUUGACUCGCAACAUAUGUUUAGCAAUUUAGGUUCUUUAGAACGUGAUAUGGUGUCUAAAAAUGCAAACAAGCCAUCGAAGAUGUCCAUCUAGCGCAUGUUUACAUUGAAAUCAAUUAUAAAACAGUGCAGAUGGACACAAAAAACACACCUCAGUGUAAGACUGGAACUCUGUAGAAAAGUUUGAUCACACUUGCCUAUUCUUUAUUAUUUGUUACUGCACAUUUUAGAGUAUAACAUCAUCAAAACUAAGAAGUAACACAAAAGUAUGGAAAUUAUGCAGUGACCAAAACAAAUUCAAUAAGAAACAUAUUCUAAUUGAACUUCUUCAUUGUAGCCUUUUGUCUAUUCCAGCUCUGCACACAGUUCAAUCAACUUCAGAUGCAUCCUGGGAUGCUUUUUAAACAGUAUUGAAUGAUUUCGUAUACUGGACACUUGUUGGCUACUUUGUGAAUAAAAAGUUUGUAUAGACAUCUAUAAUUAGGCACAGUCUAUUUUUGAGUACAGAAAUAAUCCCAAACAUUUGACCAUAAGCCUUUAGAUCAAAAGGUUUUAAGAUUAUGAGAAACAAAUUUAGUGUCCUUUGGACUGGUAAUAAUGGUGAUAUUUAUAAGUUCUUGAUAUUCAUUUUAUUUACUAACUUUUACAUUUUUUUUAUUUGAUUUGUAUUGUAUCUUGCUAUGUUUUGCUAUUAAUGUAGAUAAAUCUAGGAUAACCGAGUUUCAGGUUUUUAGUUUAAGUUUUAAGCUUAAAGUAGCCAUUUAAAGUGAUUUUAAUAAGGACAAUUUAGAAAUUUUGCCAAACAAUUUGGUCAAAUUAGCUUCAGAAAAAGUGACUUUAGCUGAAAGGUGAGUAAAUCUGAUAUUUCCUGACAGAGAGAUGUGUUUGAGUUUAGAUGUGGCAAAAAAUGAAUGCUUCAACGAUGCCAAACACAACUAGUAGCGAGCACAAACGUUGGAGACGGGUGAGAAUGAUUGAUGUGGGGUUUAGCCUGCAUCAUGUCAUGGCUCCCAAAACGGUCUUGUUUAAUAUAUAGAAAGGAAACAUUAUGAGGUUACUUUUAAAGGCACAAAUAGAGUACAAAUGAACGGCACCGGUUUGGAGCAAUUUGGACCACAUGGGGUGGAAAGUGACACCACAUUCAAAAAAAUUAUCUCAAUUUUGGUUUAAGGUUAAAGGGAUGUCUAAUAUCUCAAACACUGAACCAGCACAAACAUUCAUUUUUGCAGCACAAAUCAGCACAAAAGAAUGGUAUUGAUUUGGACAUGCUGGUGAAGCAAGUUUGAAACAAUAUCUGACCCCGUUCACUCUCUCAACUCUCCUCACUAAUCAAAGGGGUGGGUUUCAAAAUCUGAUUUAUAUAGACUUUCCCUAACAUCUGGGGAAAUAAGCAUAUUGCAUGCAUAUUAAAAGAAAGUAUGGUAGAAGUGUUAUUUAUUGAGUGAAAUGACUAUACAGUGAUGGGACAAAUGGCACAUCAUAAAUUAUUAUGGUCUGCUGUGAAUAUUAAAAGUUAUAUCAAUAUCAGGCAUUUAUUACAUGGAACUGAUAUUAAUGUCCAAUAUCUAAUAUACUUCAUCAAUUUUGUCUUAUUUUGUGAUUACAUUUCAAUUGUGCAAUCUGAAUCUUAGUAGUAUUUAGAGUUGUUUUAAAUAAUUGCAUCAAUGAAAUGCAUUUUGAUGUCCUUGUGGCAAAUGUGUUUACAAGUGCAAUUAAAUCAUUAAAUCAUUU